CACGUGUAAGGUAGCAGCAACCUGUUGCUAUCUUGUCAAGCUCUCGAAAAAUGUGCACAACGAAUAUCGAGCACGCCGUUCAGCACCCGUUCCGGCUGCUCUGGCGACGGAAAUGGUACGCGAUAAUUGCCAUAAUUACGCUCGUGUUUAUUGUUUUGAUAUUACGGAUGUCAACGUACGCGCCCGCAUCGUCGACGAACCCGAAUCUCUAUAUGGACGACGCGAUGAAAAAUGUGUACGAGGACGGCAUCGGAUGGUACAAUGGAAAAACACUGUCCCCGGAUUCACCUAAGUGGGACCGUUACCUGGCGGAACUUCGACGAGAAUGGAUAAUUUGGAAAUAUGAUUCGAAUCGAUCGUACAACCUUGAACAUCCAGAAGUUGACGAUCAGUCGAUGGGCCAGGCGAAAGUUAUCCGGGAAAUCCUCAAAGACAAGAAAAACGGAUUCUUCGUGGAAUGUGGUGCUUACGAUGGAGAGACGCGAAGCAACACGUUGGUUCUGGAACGAAUCCUCGGCUGGACUGGUCUUCUCGUGGAAGCGGAUCCUAUAAAUUUUAGUAAAAUGUCGUUGAAAAACAGAAAGGCCUAUCUGACACCCACCUGCCUCGCGGUACAGCCGUAUCCCUCGGUGAGUUCGUUCCUGAUGGCGGAUAACGUGGGACGUCUUCACGAAGCGAAUGCAACGGACAUUAAUUUGCCGAACUCAGCUGACGUGGCUCACAGUGGCACGCACGUCCAAGUACAGUGUUUUCCGUUUAUACAUUACAUGACUGCAUUGAAUAUCACCACCGUGAAUUACUUCAGUCUUGACGUGGAGGGUAGUGAGCUUCAAAUAUUAAAAACGAUUCCAUUCGACAAGAUAAGCAUAGAGACUCUUUCAGUGGAGUUCUCCCAUGUCGAAGAUGGCCGAAAACAGCUGAUCGACUUCAUGGAAAAAAAUGGCUACUAUGUUUACUCUUCUGUCGUGAGAUCGGACAAGUUAGCUCACGAUAUAAUAUUCUCGAAAUAUAGUUUAGAAACGCCUGCUUCGAUCGAGUGAUCUCGCAUGCUAGUGUAAAUAGAAUUCUUCUCGUUAUAUUCCUUGUGACUUACCGAUACGGUCAGUAUUGCGUUACUCGAUCAGUUAGCGAAAUAAGUCAUUCCUAUGGCCGCUAGUCAAAUACAACUCAUCGAAUAUAUUUCAUAUAUGUACAUCUU